AUGUUUCAAACAAAGUAUGUGGCAUGUGGUGUAGGGCAGGUGGAGCAGUGGCAUAUCAUGCUGCUGGGUCAUCGCGGGGUGGGGAAGAGCUCCACGGGCAACACCAUCCUGGGCCACCACAGCUUCAACACGGACAUGCAGCUGGCGCGUGUAAUACAGCAGUGCACCAGGGCAGAUGCCAGCAUACAGGGCAGGCCCGUGGCAGUGAUCGACACAACGAGCCUCAAAAAGACCAAGCAUAUGGAGAAGAAGGUGUUGCAGGACAUCCUGAAAUCCAUGUUGCUGUGUAAGCCAGGGCUGCAUGCCUUCCUGCUUGAGCAGCCCAUUGGGAACCUCACCAGGUAGGACAAGGACAUGCGCAAGCUGAUUGAGAGCAUGUUCGGAAAGAGAGUGUGGGAGUACACGAUCAUUAUCUUCACACACGGCGAUCGGCUGGAAAGGAUGCCCGAUGAUGUCAUCAUCAUAGUCCCUGUCUCUGAUAAGGCGCUGCGCGAGUUCAUCCGCUGCAGCAGCAGAGGGUUUAUGUUCUUCAAGAACAUGAAGAGCUGCAAGCAGGUGGUGAAACUCAUGGAGAAGAUUAAGACUUUAGUAGCGAUCAACGGCAGGAAAUACUGCACCACAGUGCUGUAUCUGCACUCUGAGAGGAAGGUAUGAGAGAGGCAGGAGGAGAUUCUGAGGAAGGAGCAAGAGCUGGCCGAAAUUUACAAGGAAAGGCAGAAACAGAAGCCCUGGAGAGAGGAAGAGGAAGAUGUGAGGAAGCUUGCAGAGAGCUCACAAAAACACAAGGUUUCCAUUAGCUUAAUGAAGACUCACUCCUUUAGCACUAAUAAACUAAGUACAGAUGUCAACUAA